AAACGGUUGAAUCCAUGAUAAUCUGGGCGGUGCAUAGACUUGAGUCACUUGACACUGUACCUUGUCGGUCGGCGGUGACCGGAAAUCCGCAUCGGCGGGGGGUUCUUCCGACUGUAAUUGGAUUCUACCGUCAGAGAGGUGCCGCUGCCUGACAAAAUCCAAUCCGACUUCCGUAGUAUGCCGAUUUAUGUCAUCAUCCCUCCAUAAAAUCAUAAUAUCAUCAGCUAUCAGCUACCCUUCUCUCUCUCCCCUCCCUUCUCCCGUCAUCGCGUCACGCUUACCGAGAAAACCCACUCUUCAAAACACUGCUCUCUCUCUCUCUCUCUCUCAGAGUCUAUCUCUGAGCGGUGUAUCCUCUCGGGGCUGUUCGUUCUUGGAUUCGGGGCUUAGAAGGGUACUCGGUUCUCCGCGGGAAUGCGUGACUCCCGGCGGCUGCACGUGGCGGAGCACGGCUGACGUGUCGGGCGCGGUCGGAGGAUUAAAGGGCAAGCUGCUGUGGUCGCUGACAUUGGGGCGAGCAGGUGACCCUUGUCGAAGCCAUGCCUUCUCUUCAGUUACUGCAGUUGACCGAGCAUGGUCGUAGCCUUCUGGCUUCAAGAAGGAAAACUCUUCUACUUGCAACUGGUAUCCUAGUUGCUGGUGGGACUGCCGCAUAUAUGCAAUCUCGUUUUAGUAGUAGAACUGCUGAUUCUGUAAAUCAUUACAAUGGAAUUAACGAUGAGAAUGGAAAACUGGAGAGGGUUGGUAAAGAUCACACCAGUAGAAAGAGAAACGCUAAGAAGAAAGGUGGACUGAAGUCACUUAAGGUCCUUACAGCCAUUCUUCUAUCAAAGAUGGGCCAGAUGGGUGCAAGGGACCUUUUAGCUCUGGUGGCCACAGUGGUUCUACGGACCACCUUGAGCAAUAGAUUAGCAAAAGUGCAAGGUUUCUUAUUUCGUGCUGCAUUUCUUCGUCGAGUACCAUUAUUUUUUCGGCUAAUUUCCGAGAAUAUCCUGUUGUGCUUCCUUCUUUCGACUGUGCAUUCCACAUCAAAGUACAUAACAGGUACUCUGAGUCUGCGGUUUAGAAAGAUACUGACCAAGCUUAUCCACACCCAUUAUUUUGAGAAUAUGGCGUACUACAAAAUAUCACAUGUUGAUGGUCGGAUAUCUAAUCCCGAGCAACGAAUUGCGAGUGAUGUGCCAAGGUUUUGUUCUGAAUUAAGUGAACUCGUACAAGAUGAUUUGACAGCAGUAGCUGAUGGCCUUCUUUACACCUGGCGCCUGUGUUCUUACGCAAGCCCAAAAUACGUGUUCUGGAUCCUGGCUUAUGUAUUGGGAGCAGGAGCUAUGAUUAGAAACUUCUCUCCUGCUUUUGGGAAAUUAAUGUCAAAAGAGCAACAGCUGGAAGGGGAGUAUAGGCAGCUUCAUUCGCGGUUGCGAACUCAUGCAGAAAGUAUAGCAUUUUAUGGGGGAGAAACGAGAGAAGCUUCUCACAUUCAGCAGAAGUUUAAGUCACUUGUUAAACACAUGAGAGUUGUCCUUCAUGAUCAUUGGUGGUUUGGGAUGAUUCAGGACUUCUUGCUAAAGUAUCUCGGUGCUACAGUGGCGGUCGUGUUGAUUAUUGAACCCUUCUUUGCGGGUAACCUUAGACCUGAUACUUCGACUUUAGGACGAGCUGAGAUGUUGAGCAAUCUGAGAUAUCAUACAAGUGUCAUCAUCUCACUGUUUCAAUCACUCGGAACACUUUCUAUAAGUUCAAGGAAACUUAAUCGUCUCAGUGGUUAUGCUGACCGCAUUCAUGAGUUGAUGCUAAUAUCAAGGGAGCUAAGUGCUGUUAAUGAUAGAAAUUCUCUGCGAGGAAGUGGAAAUAAGAAUUGCUUCACCGAGGCUAAUCACAUUGAAUUUUCUGGAGUAAAGGUUGUUACACCCACUGGUAAUGUUUUGGUGGAGGAUUUGACACUUAGAGUCAAAUCAGGUUCAAAUUUGCUGAUCACAGGUCCCAAUGGUAGUGGGAAAAGUUCACUUUUCCGAGUUCUUGGGGGUCUUUGGCCACUUGUCUCCGGCCAUAUUGCAAAACCUGGAGUUGGUUCUGACCUCAACAAAGAGAUAUUCUAUGUGCCUCAAAGACCGUAUACUGCUGUGGGCACACUUAGGGAUCAACUGAUUUAUCCUCUUACGGCGGACCAGGAAGUUGAACCACUCACACAUAGUGGAAUGGUGGAACUGCUGAAAAAUGUUGAUCUGGAGUACCUCCUUGACCGGUACCCACCUGAGAAAGAGAUAAAUUGGGGUAAUGAACUAUCUCUAGGGGAGCAGCAGAGGCUAGGGAUGGCUCGAUUAUUCUACCACAAGCCUAAGUUUGCAAUCCUUGACGAAUGCACGAGUGCUGUCACGACUGAUAUGGAGGAAAGAUUUUGCGCCAAAGUCCGUGCCAUGGGAACAUCAUGCAUAACAAUAUCUCAUCGGCCGGCACUGGUUGCGUUCCACGAUGUGGUCUUGUCCUUGGACGGUGAAGGAGGUUAUAGCGUGCACUAUAAGAGGGAGGAUUCUGCAGGCCUCACCGAAGCUGGGGUCAACAGGAUGAGGCUUUCUGACACAGAGCGCCAGACAGAUGCCAUGGUUGUCCAGCGCGCAUUUGCAAACACGAAAAAGGAUUCUGCAUUCUCAAAUAACAAGGUGCAAUCGUACAUCUCUGAAGUGCUAGGGAAAUCUCCUUCUGUGGAUAACAAAGGUCCAUUGCCUCUAGUCCCACAACUGCAGAGCACUCCAAGGGUGUUGCCUUUGAGAGUUGCUGCCUUGUUGAGGAUCUUGGUUCCAACAUUGCUUGACAAACAAGGGGCACAACUUGCUACUGUUGCCUUUCUUGUUCUCUCGAGAACAUGGAUCUCGGAUCGUAUUGCCUCAUUGAAUGGAACCACUGUAAAGUUCGUUCUAGAGCAGGACAAGGCAUCAUUUGUUAGGCUAAUUGGAGUCAGCGUUCUGCAAAGUGCUGCAAAUUCUUUUGUUGCGCCUUCUUUGAGGCACUUAACAGCAAGGCUGGCUCUUGGGUGGAGGAUACGCUUGACUCAGCAUUUACUGAAGAAUUACUUGAGAAAUAAUGCAUUUUACAAGGUCUUCAACAUGUCAAACAAGAACAUUGAUGCGGACCAAAGAUUAACUCACGAUCUCGAAAAGUUGACCACAGACUUGUCGGGAUUAGUCACUGGUAUGGUGAAACCAUCAGUCGACAUUAUAUGGUUCACAUGGCGAAUGAAGCUCUUGACGGGUCAGAGGGGUGUCGCUAUCUUGUAUGCCUAUAUGUUACUUGGCCUUGGAUUCUUAAGGACAGCUACACCUGACUUUGGGGAUCUAGUGAGUCAAGAACAACAGUUGGAAGGAACCUUUAGGUUCAUGCACGAAAGGCUGCGUUCUCAUGCUGAAUCAGUAGCUUUCUUUGGUGGUGGUGCUCGAGAAAAAGCGAUGGUUGAGUCUAGAUUCGGGGAGCUUCUAGACCACUCCCUUCUGUUAUUGAAGAAAAAAUGGCUGUUUGGGAUCCUCGACGAUUUCAUUACAAAGCAACUUCCUCAUAACGUGACUUGGGGUCUGAGCUUGUUGUAUGCUAUGGAACACAAGGGAGACAGAGCCUUGAUAUCUACUCAAGGUGAGCUGGCGCACGCUUUGCGUUUCCUUGCAUCUGUCGUGUCUCAGAGCUUCUUGGCUUUUGGUGACAUUCUUGAGCUGCACCGGAAAUUCCUUGAGCUAUCUGGUGGAAUUAAUCGUAUCUUCGAGCUUGAAGAGCUUCUUGAUGCUGCUCAAUCUGGGGAGUCUGGUUUGCCUUCUAAGAAGGGUCAUCUUCACUCUGAAGAUGCCAUUUCAUUCUCGAAGGUCGACAUUAUCACCCCGUCACAGAAAUUGUUGGCACGAAAAUUAACAUGUGACAUAGAACCUGGGAAGAGCUUACUCGUGACUGGGCCCAAUGGGAGUGGGAAGAGCUCAGUUUUCAGAGUGCUUAGAGGCCUUUGGCCCAUAGUAAAUGGAAAGCUUGCUAAACCGUCCCAAUCAAUAAAUGAAGCAAGACCCAGCUGUGGCAUAUUCUACGUCCCGCAACGGCCAUACACAUGCUUGGGAACUUUACGGGAUCAAAUUAUAUAUCCACUUUCUCGCGAGGAAGCAGAGCUUCGGGUAGCAAAGUUCCAAAGAGAUGGCCAAGAAACAUCUGAGACAACGAGCUUGCUAGAAACGAGAUUGAAGACAAUUCUAGAAAACGUUCGAUUGAACUAUCUUUUGGAAAGGGAGGGAGGAGAUUGGGACACAAAUCAAAACUGGGAAGAUGUUCUGUCCCUCGGAGAGCAGCAGAGGCUAGGAAUGGCACGUCUUUUCUUCCACAAGCCUCAAUUUGGAAUUCUCGAUGAGUGCACCAAUGCCACAAGCGUUGAUGUUGAAGAGCACCUUUACCGGCUAGCAGCUGAUAUGGGCAUCACAGUAGUUACUUCCUCGCAGCGUCCUGCUCUCAUACCGUUCCACUCCCUGGAAUUGCGGCUUAUCGAUGGUGAGGGUAACUGGGAGCUGCGUCUCAUCAAGCAGGAGGCUGACAGUGAUUAAUAGUAUAAAUAAUACUCGGGUUAUCUCCUACCUCCCAAAAUAGGGAAAACCGGAGAUGGAAAGCUGUGGUUCGGGGUUGUUUAAUAAGUCGAAACCAUCAGCAUAGGCAAACAUACUAAAUUUUUCUUCCCCUCUUUUUUUUUUUUUUUUUUUUUUUUUGGUUCAUCGGGCAGCAGAAAAUCAUUCUUGUGCAGUUCUUAUGCUUAUUUGAGAUUAGUUCUCAUUAUCUUUCGAAGCAAAAAGAAGAUUGAGAUUAGUUUCUCAUUUUAUACUGUAAGAAUAUGUUCAUAAAAUUAUUCUUUAUUAUUAUGAUUAUAAUAUAUUGUUCAAUUCUCCAUCAA